AAAGGAUAAUGAAAAGACAAUAACUUAGAAUGCUACGUCCAUCCAAGCUAUUUGUCUCUUUUCACCAGCUUCGGCAUUAUUUCCAAACCAAAAUAUCGGAGCUGGUACAUCCAGUGAACAGUAAUAAUCAGCUAAUACAUUAUAAAACCUCUUUUACGCAGCAGCAAAAUGUACAGCAAUUUUUUGCAACCAUCUUUCAUCGACCGUCUUCAACGACAGCAACAAACAUAUUACCACCACAACAUCAACAACAGGCUAAGCUAUUAAAAGCAAUCCAACAGCAUUUUCCUGUCAUGAAAGUAUUCUCUCCUCCACCUAAUUAUGCGGCAACUAUGUACCACCAACGACUUGGCUUAUGGAAUCAACAGCAGCUUCGUACCAUGAUGUCUGCUACAGGACCAUCAGGACCUACGUCUGCAGGACUUACCUGGGGUUUUCCUCGUACGGCUGUUGUAGGCGCAGGGCGUGGAGGCCCAGGGUUUACUCGCCAAUUUUCGACUACGAAAUCUCCCUGUGUAACAAUUUUUCAGAAUACCACUACGAACCAACAGCCAAACAUCAUUACUCAUGUCUCCUCUCGCAUCUUUUCUCCCGCAGGGACCAAGAUGAAUGCUCCCGUUACAUCUGAAGAAAAGCAGCCUUCAAAGGUAACCUCUGUAAGCCCCAAAAAGCAGACAGAAGAGAGCGAGGAGCCCAACUAUGACCGUAUCUUUGCCGCCAGAAAUGCUGCAGGCAUGAGAGAACUCGUGGACAUGGAAAAUGAUGAUGAUGUCAACCAUUACGUAUUUCACUUGGACUCCAAAAAGCGUGGAUCUGCUCGCCGAGACUCAACUUCUACUAAGCGCGCUGAUACUCAAAAGAAGCUUGAUUGUAUCAUUCAGCACGAUGAGCUUUCUUCUAUGCGUAACAAUGUAACUAACAAGUCUGCAAAACGUAAGGCUCUUCUACGACACGGAAGAACAAAUUCUGAAGGUAACUCGGUGCGCAAAAAGCCUGAUAAGUCUGAAGAAGAUAAAAAGAAGACAGUACUAUUAUUAAGCAACAGUGAACUUGAAUCGAUUACAAGCACUACUACAACGACCGUGACCUCGACGAUCUAUUUAUUGAUCACACUUGACACAUUACAGUUUUUCAAUUGUCCUACAGACAUCGAAAGCUUGGUGGACUCGUCUUUUAUUGAUUCAAUAGAAUCUCUCAACAAGAGCUAUCAGAUACACAUGUAUCACGUGCUGACCUUACUUAAAUGCCUAAAGCGUCAUCCAGAAAAAUUUAAAGUGGUGAUAAGCCAAAGCGAAUUGCGGAUCUAUUUCCCUACCCCUGCUCCGCGAACAAAGCAAGACGCUAUUAGACUAUUAGAGACUAUAGGUAUUACUUCGGAUGAUAACUACUGCUACUCUAUCGAACAGGAUGAUCAACCUGUCAAGGCAAAUGUUCUCGGACCGGAUUACUUUAAAGAUGUUCAGCUAUUUAUUGAUCAUAUCGAUAGUUUAAUUGAGAAUGGGCCAGCAUUCAAUAGCAAACAUCGUAGGAAAUAGAUGGCUCUUUCUUAUCACACAUAUAUAUAUUAUAUUAUACUAUGCUCAAAUAAAUAUAUGCUUAUUU